AUGAAUCAAAAUGAUUUUUCUUUUAAAGUCCAAGAGGAAUUAAAUUCAAAAGGAAUUUUCAAUUAUUUUCGAGCACAAUAUAUUUCCAAUGUCUGUAAUGAAAUUACUAAUAACCACGAGUUCAUUUUUAAAAAUCUUCAACCAAAAGUUAAAAACAUGAAGUCAUCAGCAUGGAAUACUGCAUACAAUUGCAUAUUUAGUAUUUUGCAAGAGUAUAAAAUGAAAGAAACUCUAAAAACGAUUCAGGACGAACUUAAUUCUCUAAAUAUUUCAAUAAAUCCAACAGAAUCUCCACUAAACAUUGAUGACAUUACUAAUACAGAUAGAGCAAAGAAAUCUUCAGAAGAAAAAAUUAUCAAUUUUUAUGAAAAUGCUAAAAUUGAUCUUAUUAUUAAAUCGAACACAAACAACUUACAUCGGAAUUCAAUUAUGUCCAAUGGUUUUACUGGGGAAACCGAUAUUCAAAAUUCAUCAUUAGGAAUUAAUAAGAAAAAUGACAAUACAUUAGAAAAAGCAUCCAACAUUUCAUUAGGGAAUCAACCUGAAAACGACCAACUACAAAAUUUCAAAGAUACAUUUCAACAAUCGGAAUCAAACGGCGAACAAGACGAAACUUCUACAAAUACAAGUAAACAAAUUAAUGAUAAAGAUGAUAUUCAAGAAAUUUCGGAUCAAACAAAUCAAAAUAAUCAAGAAAUUGAAAAUCAAAACGAACAAGUCAUUCCAGAUAAUGAAAAUAGAAGCGGAAAAUCAAAUGGAAAAGACAAUACAAAUAACACACAAAGUCGUCCCAAUAAUCAAACUUCAGAACAAAAUACGAAAAAUUUAAGUACAGAAUCCCCUUUAGAAACAGAUAAAACUCCUGACAAUAACACAGAAAAUCAAGAAACCAACAAAAUAUCAGAUAACUCAGAUAUAGUUUCUGAUAUCGAAGAGAUCAACAAACCAGAUCAAGAAAAAUCCAAUGGAAAUGAAAAUGUACAUACUGGAUUUUCAGACAGCUUUUCAGAUAUAGAUGUUGGCGAUAUUAAUAUUGAUGAUAUCCAAUUUGAUGUAAAUAUGAACGACUCUGAUUAA